UUUCGGCGUUAUCAUUAAAGCGUCCGAUGACAACACAUGGCUAGUAGACGAUUUCGAAGAGGUGGGCUGAUAGUUUCUCAUAUCGUACCAUUGAUCUAUCCAACUUCAUUUUAGUCCGGGAUAUCAAGCAAGUCUUUCAUUGGCAGCCUCCUUUAUACCGCCAAUUCACCCCACUACAUCCUCGCAAUGUCCAAGUCCGCCCUCGUCUUCGGCGCCAGCGGGGUAACAGGCUGGUCCUUCAUCAACGAGAUUCUACAUGACUACCCUGCUAAAAACACGUGGAAGCGCGCCCACGCCCUUACCAAUAGGCCCCUGUCUCAGGAGAAAUCACAGUGGCCAAAUGACCCGCGCUUGAACAUCGUAUCUGGCAUAGAUCUGCUUGCCAACGAUCAGGAAUCUCUCGAAAAGGAAUUGAAGGAGAAGAUUCCGGACAUUGGGGAGGUUACGCAUGUCUACUACCUGGCAUACAAGGCAGGUACAGAUGUGCCGAAAGAGCUAGAAGAGGCAAUGGACAUGUGGAAGAAAGCCGUGAUAGCGGUGGAUAGGCUGUGUCCGAAAUUAGAAUUCGUAGUACUGCAGAUUGGGGCGAAGAUUUAUGGCUGUAUGCUGCAAGUAACCGUCCCCGGCUACUCCGAUCCUGAAAUCACCCCACCGCACAAAGAGACCCAGCCGCGCCUCAAAGGCGAGUUCCACGACAAGUUAUUCUACCACCCACAAAUAGAUUUCAUCGCCGACUACGCAAAAGACAAAAAGUGGAGUUGGUGCGAGACACGUCCCGACAUCAUCAUCGGCUUCGUUCCCAACCAGAACUUCUACUCGCUCGGUUCCUCCCUCGCUAUUUACCUCAGUCUGUGGAAAGCUGUCAAGGGAGAGGGAAGCGAGUGCCCGUUCCCCGGUACGCAGAAGAGUUGGAAAGCGCUGAGUAACGACUCAAGCAGCGACAUGAUAGCUCGGCAAACAAUCCACCUAUCACUGAGUGAGAAGACGGAAAAGGGCGGCGGAUACAACGUCGCAGACGAAAAGACUCCGUCCUCCUAUGAGAAGAGGUGGCCCGUCUUAUGUGAAUACUUCGGGCUGAAGGGUACUGGCCCCGUGGAAAAUCCACCCGAGGUUCGCCAGUUUAUCAAGGAGAAUUUCAGCACGUGGAAGGAGCUUGAGAAGAAGCAUGGGUUGCAAGAGGGCCAUGCAGACCAUGGUAAAGUGUUUCCUGGAUUUGAGUAUGCCCUCUUAGUCCUGUUUGACUUUGAUAGGCAGUACGAUAUGACGAAGAUGUAUAGUACUGGGUUUACUGAGGAGAGAGAUUCGGCGACGUCUUGGGGAGGCGUGUUUGAUCGGAUGAGGAAAGCGAAGAUUAUUCCGUAGCGAUAUGUAGAGUGCGCGGUGGAUUCGAUAGAAUAAAUGAUCACUGUUUGCUUGC